AGAAGCGGAAGCGCCUAAACCUGCUGUGUAAUCCUGAUCAUUCUGACUCAUUGGACGGAGCAGCGGAGAAAACUUAAGCAUCAAAAACAAAACGCUUACAAACAAACAAACAAAAAAAAGCACACAACAACCUGGGGAAAACAUGCCGGAUUAUUUAGGAACCGAGCAGCGCAAAGUGAAAGAAGAGGAGAAGGAAGAUAAGCCCAUAAGAGCUUUGGAUGAAGGUGAUAUUGCCCUUUUGAAGACCUAUGGACAGAGCACGUACUCCAGACAGAUUAAACAGGUUGAAGAUGACAUCCAGCAGCUGCUGAAGAAAAUCAAUGAACUCACUGGUAUUAAAGAAUCAGACACUGGAUUGGCACCACCUGCUCUUUGGGAUCUGGCAGCAGACAAACAGACACUUCAGAGUGAGCAACCAUUACAAGUAGCAAGAUGCACCAAGAUCAUCAACGCAGAUUCUGAGGAUCCAAAGUACAUCAUCAAUGUGAAACAGUUUGCAAAGUUUGUGGUGGACCUAAGCGACCAGGUAGCCCCCACUGAUAUUGAAGAGGGGAUGAGAGUUGGUGUUGACAGGAAUAAGUACCAGAUCCACAUUCCAUUACCCCCUAAGAUUGACCCAACUGUUACUAUGAUGCAGGUGGAAGAGAAACCAGAUGUUACUUACAGUGAUGUUGGAGGUUGCAAAGAGCAAAUUGAGAAGCUGAGAGAAGUUGUUGAGACUCCUUUGCUUCAUCCUGAACGAUUUGUUAACUUGGGUAUUGAGCCACCAAAGGGAGUGCUGCUUUUUGGGCCCCCUGGCACAGGAAAAACUCUGUGUGCCCGGGCAGUAGCCAACCGCACAGAUGCCUGCUUCAUCAGAGUCAUUGGAUCAGAACUUGUACAGAAGUAUGUGGGAGAGGGUGCAAGAAUGGUUCGUGAACUGUUUGAGAUGGCUAGAACUAAAAAGGCCUGUCUUAUAUUCUUUGAUGAAAUUGAUGCAAUUGGAGGUGCUCGUUUCGACGAUGGUGCGGGUGGUGAUAAUGAGGUCCAGCGUACCAUGUUGGAAUUGAUUAACCAGCUGGAUGGGUUUGAUCCCAGAGGAAACAUUAAAGUUCUCAUGGCGACCAACAGGCCUGACACUCUGGACCCGGCUCUUAUGAGACCUGGUAGACUGGACAGGAAGAUUGAGUUCAGUUUGCCAGACCUUGAGGGUCGUACUCACAUUUUUAAGAUCCAUGCUCGGUCUAUGAGUGUUGAGAGGGAUAUUAGAUUUGAGCUGCUGGCCCGGCUCUGCCCCAACAGCACAGGUGCUGAGAUUCGCAGUGUGUGCACAGAGGCUGGAAUGUUUGCUAUUAGAGCUCGAAGGAAAAUUGCCACAGAGAAGGACUUCCUAGAAGCUGUGAAUAAAGUAAUCAAGUCAUAUGCUAAAUUCAGUGCCACCCCGAGAUACAUGACCUAUAACUAAAUAGAAUUCUGGAUUUCCUUGUUCUUUUUUUCUUGUUCUGUAACAGUCACAGUACAGACUGUACUCUUAAUGUCAUGACAUGUUCAGUUUGUUUUUCAAUAAAAAUAUAUACAAUAUAAAUAAAAAUGUUAAAAUGA